AUUGUUGGGCAGUAUCGGUGCGCUUAUCAGGUGGUAACGCAUGUAACGGUAGCAACCUUUCGAUGCCACCGGUAGCCCGAUACAACCGAUAUAUGGCCGUUGUGCGGUUGCUUUGAGCUUAACAGUUCGCUUGUGACUACCGUCGAGGGAACAUAGUACUGAGAAUGGUUUUGCUGCGUGGUCUAAGCUUUGUGGUGUUUGCAGUGGCGUUGGUUCAGGCAGGAGUUCUUAAAAACUCCCCGGAAAAUGCGGCCCGACUGCGGAACCUUCGGUCGGAUGAACUGGCCGAGGAACUUAGUGGCCAGUUCGAAGGAGAUAUUGUACUGAGUGAGGAACAGGAACGCUCCAUACUGAGCAACAAGCGCAAUGGAUUGAUUGCUUCGACCUAUCGCUGGCCGGGAAAUACCGUUCCGGUCAUGAUCGUGGAGGAGGACUUUACAUCGGAACAGAUCGAACACAUCAAGCGAGGUCUUCGGCAGAUCGAACUCGUCACCUGUCUUAAGUUUGUGACGCGUACGGACGAGACGGAUUAUGUGCGCGUCAUCGGUACCGGGUCCGGUUGCUACUCCUCCGUCGGCCAUCGGGGCGGUGCACAAACACUCAAUCUGCAGCCGUACGACGUAGAUACCGGGUGCUUCCGGUUGGCCACGAUCGUGCACGAGUUUAUCCAUGCGCUUGGUUUCUACCAUCAGCAAAGUGCUAGCGAUCGGGACCAGUUCGUCGAUAUCGUGUGGGACAACAUUGAGGAGGGAAAGGAGCAUAACUUCAACAUCUACGGCAGUGAUGUGGUGACGGAUUUUAGCGUGGUGUACGACUACGGCAGUGUGAUGCAUUACAGCUCGACCGCUUUCAGCAAGAACGGUGCGAAAACGAUCGUACCGAAGGAUCCGAAUGCUGCGAUCGGGCAGCGUGUCGGUAUGAGCGAGCGGGACAUUUCCAAGCUGAACCACAUGUACAAGUGUUUGAAUAAAAAUUAAGUAGCUUAGUAUCUCGCCCGGGCUGGACAGUGAGAUGAUGGCAAAUGAAGUGAAUCCUAGGCUGUUUGAUCCAUG